UAGAAACCUUAUGUUUUUGUUAAACGUUUAAAAUGACUUUAAUAAAUUUAUUUAAAUUAUUUUUUUUAAUAGAAAUAUUCGUUGAUAUCAAUUAUACGUAUGCUGACGAUACUAUAGUUGAAAUAGAAUCAGGAAAAAUCAGAGGACAUAUUUUAAAAAGUGAAAACGGCAAUGAUUAUUACGCUUUUCAAGAAAUUCCUUACGCAGCUAAGCCAAUAGGAGAAAACAGAUUCCAACUUCCUAAACCUCCAGAGCCGUGGUCAGGUAUUUUGGAUACGACGAACAACACAAAAAUCUGUUACCAAUAUACAAAAAAAUACGCAAAUUUGGAAAUUAGCGAAGAUUGUUUGUAUAUUAAUGUAUAUACACCCCAAAAACCAAGUGAUGCUAAAGUUCUACCAGUACUGCUUUGGAUCCAUGGUGGGGGAUUUGUAAAUGAAUCCAGUACAUUUGAAUACUAUGGACCAAAAUACAUUAUGGACCAUCGUGUGGUGGUUGUUACUUUUAAUUAUCGCUUAGGACCUUUUGGAUUCGUUGGUACUGAUGACGGUGUUAUUCCGGCUAAUAUAGGUCUAAAAGAUCAGUUGUUUGCUAUACAAUGGGUUAACAGAAAUAUUAAGGCCUUCAGUGGUAACCCCUAUCAAGUUACCUUAGUUGGAGAAAGUGCUGGAUCGAUCUCAGUUGGGUAUCACCUUUUAGGACCUUGGGUUGACGACAAACAAAUAUUUCACGCCGCCAUAAUGCAAAGUGGAAGUCCAGUUGGUAUUGAAUUGAAAACACAAAACACUACUAAUGAAGCCUACAGGCUUGCACAAGUUCUAGAUCCCACGUUUAACUCCAGCGAUUCGCGCGACAUUUUGAAAUUUCUCCAAAACGCCACCGCUGAAGAUAUUUUACAUUCGGGAGUAACUGGUGCUGCGGUUAUAGAAAAAGACGGACCAUUUUCACACGAAGGUUUCCCUUCGUUCUUAAACCAAAAUUAUAAAAAAGUUCCUGUUAUAAUAGGAUUCAAUUCGGAGGAAAUGGCGUUUUUAGUUUAUAGUAAAAAUGAAACCCAGUAUGAGAAAUUCGACGCAGAUCCUAGUUUAUUGGUUGAUAAAUUGAUAAACAUGUCUCCCGAAAACCGAACAAUUGCUGGUACUUUAUUAAAACAACUAUACACACAGAAUACGAGUUUUGAAGAAAAUUAUGGGGGAUAUAUCAGGUAUAUCAGUGACAAUUCGUUCACUACAGCUACGUGUAAACAAGUUGAGUUAGCUUCCUCCGAGGCUCCCUAUUAUUUAUAUCAAUUUUCUUAUAAAGGUGAAAUAGGAGGGAUGACGUCAAUACUGCCUUUAUUACCACCAAACACUGGUAAUGUAGGCCACGCUGAAGAUUUACAUUAUAUGUGGGACGAUGGUUCGAAUAGCGACCUUAGUCAAUUUCCUGAAGAAGAUGGCGUAAUACUACACCGUUACGUUCAAUUAUGGACAAAUUUCGUUAAAUACUUCGUCCCAACCCCCGAACCCGUUGGUAAUAUCACUUGGUUACCUUCCGAACCAUCGACACUUAGAUAUCUGAAUAUAAAUUCGACUUUCGAGAUGUUGGACCACCCAAGGCAGUACCAGCAAGUUAAAGAAAUAUUAGAAACAUACAUGGAACCACCUUACACGGUUUUUAAAUAAGAAAAUCCCGAAAAUAAAUGGUAUAAAGUGCUU